CCGUCUGCUCCCACAGAAUGGGCCGUGAUUAGUGUAGACAGCAUCAGCCCCUCAGAGACAAAUGUGAGCAAUGCAGCUGGGAGACACAGGAAAGCAGUGGUCAGCCCGGUCAGCCCAGCGUCUCUGCCUCCAUCCAGAGGAUCACCUUCAGAGCAGAGCUGGCAGGAGAGAGAUAGCGGGCUGGAGCCGCAGGCUGCAGCAGACAGAGUUGGAGAGGAGAUAACCCUGGUUUUACUCAGUCUGAUGGAGCACUACAGGGCCUCAGUACGCCUGACGCCCAGCACUGAUGUUACAACAGGAGCUGUAGAGCUGCUCAGGCGGUUGAUAACAGAGAGAGAUGAGCUGGUUGGGGAGGUGGACACACUGAAGGAGACACUGAGGACGGAGAGGUUGGAGUGGCAUCAGUUCCAAAGUGACCUGCAGGUCGCGGUGUCUGUGGCCGACCGGCUGCGGGUCGAGGCGGAGCAGGCUCUGGGUUUACUCCAGGAGAGCCACAGGGCCGUGGAGGAGCAGCUUGCCCAGGCCCUCAGCAGACAGCGGGAGAGCGACAGAGAGCUGGAGAGUCUGAGAGCUGAGCACACAGACGUCUGCAGCAAGCUAACUGAACUCGCGCUGCAGCAGCAGCAGCAGGAGCGAGCCGAGCUGGAUGCUCUGAGAAACGCAUGCAGGGUGAAAGACGUAACAGAUGGUGAUAAACAGACAGAGAGACAAGACUCUGGGGAGGGGCAGGGGAGGGAAAUGUGCAAAGUUAUGGAGGAAGCUGAAGCAGAGACUGAAGCUAAAAAUGUGGAAAAGCAGGAGAAUGAAGCAAAUCAAGAUGUGGAAACUGAAGGUGCAGGUCACGAUCCUGAGGAGGCAAAUGGAGCAGGGAGCAUGCAGCUGACAGGGAAGGGGGUAGCGGAGGGAUACCUUCGUAGUUUAGCUGCACUGGAGAAAAGGAAAGAAGAGGGACGUGGGCAGAGAGAUCCAAGGAGGAUUGUGAUGCUCUCUGAAAGAUCUUGGAGUUUAUCUCGUCUCCCCCUCCCAACUGACUCCUUCAGUCAAAAUGGCACCUUAAAAAACACAAGCACAACAUUGCCGCUAUGCAAGAAAGAGGCGCCAACAAAAGGGAGGAGGAUGGACCGCAUUUUACAGCGGCAGGACAGUUGGUCCAGCUUUUAUACAGGUAAACAGGAUGAGGACCAAAGCUCAGAUUCCUUCAAACCUCAGGAUGGUUUCAGUGCUCUGCUGCGGCGUCAUGGUGGCUCCAGAAGAAACUCCCUGCUGCGCUGGUGCCAAAGUCAGACACAAGGUUAUAAGAAUAUUGAGAUCACCAACUUCAGUAGCAGCUGGGAAGAUGGUUUGGCAUUCUGUGCUGUUUAUCACACAUAUUUACCAAGUCACAUUCCCUAUGACAGCCUCAACCCAAAAGACAAGAAGGAAAAUUUGGACCUUGCUUUUAAGACAGGAGAGAGUGUGGGAAUCACAGCCAUACUGACGGCGGAGGAGAUGCUGAAGGCAGACGGACCGGACUGGCAGAGGGUACUGGGUUAUGUCGAAAGCAUUUUCCGUCACUUUGAGAUGUGAAGUCAUCUCCUCUCGUCUUGCUCUUGGUUCCUUUUUUAUCAUUGUCACUGGAGUGGAAGGACUGAACCACUGUUCACCACAAGAGGGAGCUCUGUUAAUAAUGAGCUCGCCAGCCAUGAUUUAAAAUGUAUCAGCAAUAUUAGACUUUAUGAUGUGAUUUUAUGUAUCGAUACAGUCUCCCUCACACAGAAAUGGCUCUUGGCUGACACCGAGAUGAAGGAAACUGUGUUUUGCCCUUGGAAUACUUUUAUUUUUCUACAAACUGUACAUUACAGUCACACUGGAUUCAAAAGCUGCUGGGUGAAUAUGCACAGGAAACAAACAUAUUUAAGGUAUAGCAGACUAAUGACCUGCUCAACAAUUACUUUCACAAUUGUUACUGGGUGCUGGGUACGCUGGUUUUUGCACUGUUUGCCUUUUUUUUUUGCAAAAAAAGAGCACUUUAUGAUGUUGUAUUUUAAGUGGAUGAUUUCAAAGUCUGGGGCACAUAAGUUGUAUUUAUCUUGAUGAAUAAAAAACUUAGUUAAACCUCUCCUGCCAUGAUACACUCCUGUCAUAUCUGCAUGCACCCAAAAGUAAAACCCAAAAAACAAGGAGGGGGUGGACAUGAAUCCAGAUUUUAUAUGCUGUAAUAGUGAUGUUUUAACCUUAAAAACUACAGAGACUGUGUAAGGAAAGUUGCCUUUGAGGAAAUGUAUAUAUGUAAAUGUGUGUAAUCGCUUCAGUAUUUUUAAAAACAUCAAGAUGUUGCUGCCAAAGUCUUAUUGCAAUAAUAAAGUUGUGUAUAAUAUAAGUUAUUGUUUUUUUCCUCAUUAA